AUGCCUUCAAAUUUAUUUUCCAAUUAUUUUUAUAGACAAAGACAACUUCCACAACAUCAACAAAAUGAUAUAAAUACGUCAAUCCUUGAACCAACAACUGCUGGAACUGUCGAUGCUAAUCCUAAUCCAGUGAUUUCUAAUUUGAUCAAUCAAGAAAGACCGAAACAUAAUUAUCAUAAAUCUUCUGAUAAUUUAGCCAUUGGAUUAUAA